CGUAUAGGCAAUAGUAUACCGGUACUUCCGCAUUGAUUAUAUUACCCGCGACAUAAUUUGUGGUGCGAAAGACGAGAACAUUAAGAGCUAACGGACUGGUUCUACUCCGGAUUGCACUGUUGGCGUCUGGCAUUUGCGAAAUUGUUCGCUACAUGUCGCAUCAUGUCAGUGGUUUCGUGCAGUGAUAUGGACUGGGAGAUUUGAAACUACCAAGAGCUAUAAUUAACCAGUUAGGUUACUUAGCAAUGGAUGGACUUAUGGUAAAACAUCUCAACUAUGGGGUGAGGAGGGCACUGUGCAAUGGACUGGACCCAGAGAUGGUUUCUGGACACAACUGGAAGAUGCUGGCAGAAAAACUGGGCUACACAUAUGAGGAAAUCAUGGCCCUAGAGGCCCGACAGACCGUCCAUGGCUCCAACACACAGAAACUUCUUGAGGACUAUGGUCUUAGACGAAACAGCACAUUGCAGAACCUGUGUAAUCAGCUGGAGGCUAUGGACAGACAGGACUCUGUCCAGGUUGUGGAAGAGGCAUUGCCAGAUAUUCGCAAGGCCUAUGAGGAUGAGAUGAACCUUGAGAUGAUGCAGCGUGGCCAAGCACAAAAACCAGGGCCCUGUACUUGUAGCAGUGUUCACAGUUACCAGCGUCAUUUGUCUGCUCCCACCCCAAACAACUUCCAGCAUUUUUCUCAGUCUGACCAUUGUUAUGGCCCUUGUCAAUCCAACAUGGGUCAGGAAUACAGUUCUUCUCUCUCCAUGAAUGACCAUCACAGCAGGAGUAGGGUAAACAGUUCUCCUGGGGUGUGUUACUCGCCUGUUUCAUCAGGCCCUAACUGUAACUGUCACUAUACCAGACCUGCCCCUCAGCCAGCCAGGGUACCCCAGGGCAGCUGUGAGCAUGGUGUCAGGAAAAUCCAGAACAUUUCCUGUCAGCCACCACCUGCGCAAAGGCCCAAGUUCCAAGCCAUGGUGUCUGUGGAGGACAACAACGUGGCAAACUGCAGCAUGGUAGUGAGACAUUCUAACUCUCUGGUCCAUGCCAGACAGGAGGACUUUCUGGAGACUCAUUCACCUCCUAUAAAUGUGUCAGUGCUUAGAGAGCACCCCGUGCCCUUGGAGCAGGGCAUCCUGCGUGCUAUGCCAUUCAGCGACUCUGUGCCUCCCCUGAAACAGGCUGUGGAUAUGGAGGUCGCUGCUGAGGAAGAGGUGUUCACCUCCAGUGAUAGCUCAGGAAGUGCUAGCUCCAGCCUUGGCCCAGUGUUCCAGAAUCCUACAGAAGUGCAUAAAAAGCAGCCAUCUUCUAGUGGUGGAGACGGCAACAGAAGGCGAUCUCGUGUUGUAGGCAUGGAGAGAAAUAACCACCCAAAUCAGGAGACUUCUGGAAGUGUUGAACGUGUCCGAACCACGAGUGUUGAUCAACAUGGGAUGAACUCUGGACGGAUAACCCGUAAUAAAUCAUGCACCAGUACUCAUUCAAAAUGUAGGUUCUGUUGUGUCAACAAGAGUGGCCGUGAACGGAAUCAGCAGGUUUGUCAAGCCCACAAUGGUCACUCACAGCAAGCAGGAUCACACAGUUCCUCCCAUAACAACAGUAUCCAGAGAAUCCCUCCUGUCAGUCAAUCAGUAGGUCAGCAUUACCCUGAGCCGAAUCCCGUCCCAUACACUACCGUAGCAGGUACUCAAAAACCCAUCCCUUCAACCAAAGUGAAACUUGCAGAGAUCUGUAAAGGGUCUCGUAAAGUGAAAGUAUUUGUGACAUACGCAACUGAUGGUGAACGGCACCAACAGCGUGUGGCUGACCUCAGUGACUGCCUGGAGAAGAAUGGCUUCUCCAGCCACUUGGACAUGAAGGAGAGAGAUCAGAUGAUGGAGGACAGACUACGGUGGUAUGACAGUCACUUCAUGGCUGCUGAUUUUGUAUUGCUGUGCGUUUCCCCUUUGUACAAACAGCAAACACAGAGCAGCAAUAAUGGAUCUAGCCUAGACUGCAACCCACUUCAAGACCCUCUUCAGGACUCCAUCCACACCACAUACAUUUACAAACUAAUGCAGAGUGAGUUUGUCCGCCUCGGAUCUCGUAAUAAGCGCUUCAUCCCCCUUGUGUUCCCUGGCGCAACCAGAGAUGAUGUGCCAACAUGGCUGAGAAACACGCUGAUCUACCAGUGGCCCAGUCAGUACAAGGACUUGCUGUGGAUGCUGACCAAGCCCCAGGACAAAGUCAGCAACUCCAUGGUUUAAGGUAG